AUGGAUGUAACCCAGAUGAUCAGUGAAUUAUCGUCAUCACCCACACGAUUUCCCGACUGUUGCCUAGCCAUUUCCAGAACAUUCAUUACAUCUCUAAUCUCCAUCCUACCCAAGAAGCCGGCAUUCACAUUGUCCAUUGGCAGUGGACAAGGCCUACUAGAAGGUCUAGUUUCUCACAGCGAUGAAGAUGUCUCUGUCCACGGCGUGGAAGUAAGCUCAUCCGUCAACCGUUACAUAGCCGAAGAAGACAUGCAUGUUGUGCCCGGGACAUGGGGCUUGUAUUCUUUUGCUCAACAUGCCACAGCGUGGAUGUUUGUCUACCCGCGAGAUCCUAAGCUGAUUUCAAGAUAUAUGGAUACAUAUGGUGAUAAUGCCGUCGAGUUGAUCAUAUGGCUUGGACCGCGGGUUGACUGGCCAGACUAUGAGCCUUGUUUUCGCCAAUCUUCAUUCUCGGAGCUCAGUUUUCCAGAUCUCGGACUAACGCCGUUCGAGGUAGCGGUAGUUGCCAGAAAAUCCGAAUGUAUGCAAGUAUAA